AUAUGAUGAAAACUCUAUUGUUCAGUUAGCAUAGUUGGUAACUGAUUACUGAUUUUAAGGGACUUUGUCUUUGACAUGUAUAUAUAUAGAAUAGCCUUACUAUAUAGGGAUCAGUUGCUUGUAUCAAUUCAUUUUUUCUGAUUCAAUGAAACUCUGAUCUUCUAUUUAGAGAGAGAGUUCCAGAUUUUAUAUGGUAUCAGAGCCAAACGAAGCUUCUUCAAGGGCGUCCUCUGAUUCAAGCAACCAAUCUGAUCCAGUCAACAACCAAUCUGAUCCGGUCAACAAUGAAUCAAUUCCUAAGAAUCCAUAUUUUCUCAGUGCAAGUGAGAAUCCAGGAAGCAUUUUGGUGACACAACCACUGCUUGAAAUGUGAAACUAUCACUCCUGGUCAAGGGGUAUGAUCUUAGCUCUCACUGCUAAGAAGAAGAUAGGGUUCAUCAAUGGUAGAAUCUCUAUGCCUGAUCCAGAAUCUCCACUCUAUGAAGAUUGGCAAAGCUGCAAUACGAUGGUACUUUCUUGGCUUAUCAAUUCAAUGUAUGUUGAUGUAUCUAGCAAUAUAAUCUACUGUGAAACUGCGAGAGAUAUGUGGUUAGAAUUGAAAAACUUGUUUUCACAAGGCAAUGGUCCCAAAAUUUAUAAUCUUCAAAGGGAGAUUUCUCACAUCACUCAAAAUCAGUUGUUUGUGACUGAGUAUUUCACAAAAUUUAAGAGAUUAUGAGAUCAAUUGUUGAUCUUGAGCCUUUACUAAAGUGUAGUUGUGGAGCAAUGAAAAUCCUAAGUGCUACUCAUGAUAAAGCCUAUGUAAUGCCUUUUUUGAUGGGUUUGAAUGAGAAUUUUGAGACUAUAAGGACUCAAAUUUUGAUGUAUGAGCCUUUUCCCUCAAUUAGCAAAGUCUAUGGCUUAGUUCUUCAAGAGGAGUCUCAUAAGAACAUUGGACAUGGAGGAUCUUUUGCAACAAAACCAGGUUCUGUUGCAAUGUAUGUUAAUUCAAAAGGCAAUAGUUCUGGGAAUGCAAAUUGGACUAAGGGAAACAACAAAAAGGAAAGGCCUUUAUGCACACAUUGCAAUAUGCUUGGGCACACCAUUGAUAAGUGUUAUAAACUUCAUGGAUAUCCACCCGGGUAUAAACCAAAGGGAAAAUCUAAUGCUAAUCAAGUUUCUUAUGAUCAAGGAGCUAUGAUUGAGCAUUCUUCACUUGGAUCAGUUCAAUGUCCAAUCACAAAGGCUCAAUGUGAGCAAUUGUUGGCUUUCUUCAACACUAGCUCUAAUUCUGGUGAUAAGCAUCAAGCAACUACUGUAAAUAGUGGUGAUGGAAUGCCAAGCUUGAUGACUGGAGUUGCUGGUGUGGCUUCUUCAUUUGGUGUUCCUCCUGGUACUGGUUUGGCAGCCACCAUUUCACAUCCAUCAAUAUCUAAUUCCUAUCUUGAGACUAUGGCAGCCAGGACCUUGCUCAUUGGAGCACAAUUGGUCUGGGUAGAGAGUACAAUGGUCUUUACCUACUGGAAGAAAGCAUAUCCAUUUCUACUUCAGCUUCUGCAGUGUUUUCUGUCAAUUCUGUUCAGCCACAUGUUUGGCAUCUCAUAUUGGGGUACUACUCCUUCCAGCACAAAUACUGAUUCUUUUGUUACUCCUGUCUUUAUACCAAAUUCACUUUCUGAUUGUUCUGAUUCUUCAGUUUCACCUUCUGCCCCUAAUUUUGUUAAUCAUUCUAUUGAAACUUCUAACACCUUACUUGCUGAUGCACCUACUGCUGAUUGUCUCCCUUCUCGGUUUCCUUUAGUUCCUUCAGCUGCCGUACAAAAUCAGACAUGUGCAUCUACACCAGAAGUACCACCUGCACCUAUCAGAAAGUCAGCUAGGACUUCAAAACCUCUAGCUUACUUGCAGGAUUACUCUUGUGCUUCAGCUUGCUCUCCUGCUUCUGGUGGUCCUUAUGAUAUUGGUCAUAGUCUUACCUAUGCACAUCUUAUUCCUAGCUAUCAAUCUUAUGUCUUGGCAGUUAGUUCUACUCCUCAAGAGCUUCAAAGCUUCUUCCAAGCAGUCAAAGAUCCACUAUGGAGAGAAGCUAUGGAUAAGUAA